CAGAUCACACCAUUAUCAAAAGAGUCUAUUGAUCUUAUAAAAACCAUGUUGAUAAAUUGUUUAUUCAAUCCUUUCUCUGUUGGAGUUCAUCAAGAAUGUCGGGUCCUGCUACAAAGAAACAACAAACUACAAAGCCGAAGAAGACAUUGAUACUCAAUGCAUUUGAAAAUGCUGCUAGUGGUCACCAAUUCCCUGGUCUUUGGAAACAUCCAAAAGAUCGCUCCAGAUCAUAUAAAGAUCUUGAUUAUUGGAUCUACCUUGCCAAAUUACUGGAGCGCGGUAAAUUUCAUUCAGUUUUCAUUGGUGAUGCUUUAACCAUCUAUGACGAUUAUAAAGGUCCAAAUAAUUUUGGACCAGCUGCUUCUUCAGGUUUGAAUGUUCCUAAAAAUGAGCCAUCUGCUCCAGUUACUGCAAUGGCUGCUGUUACUGAAAAUUUAUCAUUUGGAUUAACUUUCUCCACAAUUAGUGAACAUCCUUAUCAUUUCGCAAGAAGAUUAGCAACAUUGGAUCAUUUAACUAAAGGUAGAGUUGGUUGGAAUAUUGUUUCGAGUUAUUUAAAUAGUACUGCUAGACAGUUAUUGAAUGGUGAACCAUUGCCUGAUCAUGAUGAAAGAUAUGUGAAAACUGAAGAAUAUGUCCAGGUUGUUUAUAAAUUGUUUCUAUCAAGUUGGAGAGAUGAUGCAGUUAAAUUGGAUCUAGAUAAAGGAAUAUUUUCGGACCCUGAUUUGAUUAGAGAAAUUAACCAUGUUGGUAAAUAUUUCAAUGUUCCUGGUCCUUCAAUCUCUGAACCACAAAGAUUGCCAGUCUUGGUUCAAGCGGGCACUUCAACUAAAGGUAAACAUUUUGCAGCUCAACAUGCUGAAGCUGUUUAUACUAAUGGUUUAACUCCUGAAAACUUGAGAGAAAAAAUUGAUGGUAUUAGAGAUUUAGCAGAGCAUUAUGGACGUGAUAGAUACGAUAUCAAAGUUCUAUCAUCUGCAAUUGUCAUCACUGGUGAAACUGAGGAGGAAGCACAGGCCAAAUAUGAAGAAUUGAAAAAGUAUGCAGAUCCAGAUGGUGCACAAGUGUUGUUUGGUGGUUGGACUGGUAUUGAUUUAAGUCAAUGGGAUGAUGACCAAGAAUUAAAAUAUGUAAAGAAUAAUGGUAUGAGAACUUAUGUGGAAAAUUUGACAAAGUUUAAUCCAGGUAAAACUUUUACUAAAAAAACCAUUGUGGAAAGGAUUUCAAUUAAUGGAUCAACUAGUGCAACAUUUGUUGGUACCCCUGAUCAAGUUGCUGAUAAAAUUGAAGAAUUUGUUGAAAUUAGCGAUGUUGAUGGUUUCAAUUUCACAUAUGUUGUUUGGCCAGAAACUUUUGAGAAUUUAGUGGAUUUGGUUAUCCCAAAACUACAAGCAAAAGGAUUAGCACAAACUGAAUACACUGUGGAAAAUGGUACAUAUAGAGAAAACUUAUAUUUUCAAAAAGGUCAAUCCUUUGUCCCGCAAAGUCAUCCAGCAUAUAAUUUAAGAUGGACAGAUAAAGAUUCACAAGAAGAGUUUGAAGCAAAAUUAAGCAAAACCUACAAAUAA